AUGUUGAAGCGUCUUCAGCUGGGGCAGCGCUGCUUCAGUGCCGAGGCGGACGAAGGCCUGAUCGGCGAAGAUGCGGCGCUGCUGUCGCGCGCGGCGCGAGGACGCUCCGUGCGCAAGAGCCCGGACUGCGCGCGCCUGCUCAGGGAGCAGGGGAACGGGAAGUUCAAGGCACGAGACUACCUGGGGGCACUGCUGCGCUAUUCUAAGGGCGUGUGCCAGGCGGACCCGGGCAGCCAGGAGCUGGCCCUGUGCCUGGCCAACCGCUCCGCUGCGCUCUUCCACCUCGCCCAGUACCAGGAGUGCCUGCGGGACAUCCGCAGGGCGCUGAGCCAGGGCUACCCCGGACACCUGGAGCCCAAGCUGCUGGCCAGGCGGGCAGAGUGCCUCUCUCAGCUCGAGCGGGCAAGGGAGGAGGAGGAGGAGGGCAGUGCCAGUGCGGAGAUCCGUACCGCCGGGGAAAGGGUUAUGGAGCGCCAGGCACCGCAGGCACAGAGCGGCAGCCUGACCGGGACCCUGCUCUGCGCGUCUCCUGCCGUAGCCCUGCGCUUCGGCCUCGGCAAGGGUCGCCACCUGCUGGCCGCGGCCGACAUUGCGCCCGGGGAGGUGGUGGUGCAAGAGGAGGCGUUCAGCUGCGUGCUGAUCCCCGAGGAAGCGGUCAGACCCGCGGUGGAGAGGGGGGCCGCGGGCACGGAGGACUGCUGCUUGUUUUCGCAGGAGUGCCUGCGGGACAUCCGCAGGGCGCUGAGCCAGGGCUACCCCGGACACCUGGAGCCCAAGCUGCUGGCCAGGCGGGCAGAGUGCCUCUCUCAGCUCGAGCGGGCAAGGGAGGAGGAGGAGGAGGGCAGUGCCAGUGCGGAGAUCCGUACCGCCGGGGAAAGGGUUAUGGAGCGCCAGGCACCGCAGGCACAGAGCGGCAGCCUGACCGGGACCCUGCUCUGCGCGUCUCCUGCCGUAGCCCUGCGCUUCGGCCUCGGCAAGGGUCGCCACCUGCUGGCCGCGGCCGACAUUGCGCCCGGGGAGGUGGUGGUGCAAGAGGAGGCGUUCAGCUGCGUGCUGAUCCCCGAGGAAGCGGUCAGACCCGCGGUGGAGAGGGGGGCCGCGGGCACGGAGGACUGGCACUGCCAUCGCUGCCUGCGCAGGGCGCUCUCCCCUGUGCCUUGCCAGGGCUGCAGUUACGCCCGUUACUGCGGGGAGGAAUGUCGAGAGCAGGCGUGGGAGGGGUGCCAUCGCUGGGAGUGCCCGCUGGGGGGGGAGCUGCUGGCGGCGGGGGUGCUGGCACACUUGGCACUCCGGGUGGCACUGCAGGCCGGGUGCGAGGAAAUCAAGAGAGUGCAGGACCAGGGCAGGGGGGACGAAGAAACUCUGGACAGGAUGAGCACCAGGGAAAAGUCUGAUCAACCUGAUGUGGACGGCUCCACAAACAGCACCCCAGUACCUGGAUGUGACCCCUCAGGCCGCUACCUGGGCUCCUCUUACCUGUGUGUCCAUCACCUGCUCCCGCACACGCACAGACACGCCCCCAGCCUGCGCUUCCUGUGCGCCGUUACUGUGGCAACGCUCUGUCUCAGGCUGCAGGGGGCGGGGCCCCUGUCUGAGAAAGGGGGCGGAGCUUCCCCGCGUGACAGGAGUGGGAGCCAAUCACAGAGUGAGACGGAGGACGAGAGACAGGGGCGGCCUUUGGAGUUGGGCAUGCUGGGAGCAGCAGCACUGAGGCACAUGCUGCAGCUGAGGUGCAACGCCCAAGCUAUAACUGCAGUGAGAGACACAGGUGUCGGUGACUCUGCAGUGCAGUCCAGUGCUGAAGUCCGGAUCGCCACGGCGAUAUUCCCCACCCUCAGCCUGCUGAUCCACUCCUGCUCGCCCAACACCAGCGUCUCCUUCCAGUCCAACCUGGUCACUGUCCGCACUGCCCAGGCGGUGUUGGCCGGCCAGGAGCUCCUGCAUUGCUACGGACCGCACCGCAGCAGGAUGGCGGUGAGAGAGCGCCAGCGCCUCCUGCAGGAGCAGUAUUUCUUCCAGUGCCAGUGUGCCGCCUGCUGCCAGGAGCUGGAGUCAGAGUGCAGAGGUCACGGGAGGGAGGUGCUGGGAGUGUGCUGCAUGCGGUGCCACUCCGCUGUCCAGCGCUGCGAGGAGGGCUACGUCUGCUCCCAGGCUUCCUGCGGCUUCGUCCUGCCCCGGGCGGACCUGUCCCACAGACUGCAGGCCGUCCAGGGCCUCGUGGCGGGGGCGGUGAGCCUGCUGGAGACGGGACAGCCAGAGGAAGCCGUGCAGCAGCUGCAGGAAGCAGUCAGCCUCGCCAGCGCGUUCCUGUCCCCGAGUCACCCCCUGCAGGGAGAAGCUGCAGACGCCCUGGCGCGGGCCUACGCCACACUCGGGCGCUGGAACCAGGCGGCCGCCCAGCUGAGACGCAGUGUGGAGGCGGUGCGCUCCCAUCACGGAGAGGACAGCGUCGAACUGGGGCACCAGCUCUUCAAACUGGCCCAGCUGCACUUCAAGGGGUAAGCCCAGCGACGGGGGGCGGGGGCUUUUUGUGGUCCGAGAAGCUGUGUCUUUGGGAGAUCGCGUGCAGUCCUGCACAUACUGAGCCCUUAGCUCUGGGUGAUGUUCCUGUUGUUUAGCCUGAGUCAACAUGAUGAAAGGGUACCUACAAGAGGAGCCAUUUGAUUCAUUCGGCCAGUUUGGUUGUUAAUUGAUCUGAGGAUCUCAACCAGCGGUUUACAGAGAGAAGCCAGAGUAUUGACUUCAGCUGCGUGACUGGGACGUUUGUGCCAGACUCUCGCAACCCUUUGUUUACAGAAGUGUGUCUUGUUCUCGGUCCUGAAUGUACGUCCACAUAGUGUCCACUUGUGCUCUCUGAUUCAUAUUUCACCGGUUGUUCUGAAGAAGAUCGCCGGGUUGACUCUUGAGGAUUUUGAGGGCCUGUAUCAGGUCUCCUCGGAGUUUUCUCUGCUCUAGACUGGAACGUUCCAGCUCCUCCACGCUGUCGGAUUGUCAGUGUGGGACAAUCCCUUGAGCCCCAGAUGUAGCUCUUCUCUGGGCCGAUCCUUUUCUAGAACCUGGAGACCAAACUCGUGUUCUAAAUAAGGUCAGUGUGGGUCCUAAUGCCCCAGUAUAGUGACGGGGACACUAUUCUGUACAAAUAGGCACUGUCCUUUAGAUGAGACUUAAAACCGAGGUCC